GAUUUAUAAUAAAUAUAAAUCUUAUUCAAAUGUUUGAAAAUACAGUUUUGAUCAAAUUUUUUUUUAUUCAUACUUUUCAAAAGAUAAGUACCAUCGGUUGCAAAUUUUUGCAUUAAGAAUAAUUACUUACCUUGCUUGGGAGUAUAUUCACAUUUUCACACUUUUUCCUGUAGUUGAAAAUUAUAAGUCUAAGGAAAGAACCAAUUUGUCGAUGAGCAUCUGCAGUUGGUGAUGAAGUUACUUUCUAUUAGUUUGUUUCAAACAUUAGGAAUUUCAUCAAAAGCAAAACACCAUGAGUUGCAUCUGAAUGUUAUAGUAAAAUAUAAACAAAUAUGUAUAUUUUUUUUUUGCCUGCAUCCAAUAAAAAGUUAAUAAAUGAAAGAGAGCAAAUAGGCUGUCAUUAUUUAUUCUCAAUUUUCGUCCUUCUUGGGAUAUUUUCAUAGUUUGCUAUAUUUGGUGUUCAAUUGGUUGUGACUAUGGUCAUGGCCAGUGUUCUCCAAAAAGUUUCAGCACAUUUUUCUCUUGCCAGGUGGCUACUGUCAUAUAGGCUUAUGCGUUACCUUCAUCCAUCUGAUGAGGAGCUGUUGUCUGUGGCUGGGCUGCAACGUAAUCCAGGAAAAAGUAAAGGGAAAAAGGGUAAAGACAGGAGAGAUGAUUCUGGAGAUUCUGAAUUUAUGGUACCCAAAAACAUUGAAUUGCAACUUGAUGUUACGGCAGUGCAACCAGAAGAUAUGAUACAGCUUCAUUAUUACUCUGAAUAUCAGUGGUUGCUUGAUUUUGCUAUUUGUGCAUUAUUUGUGUACAUUAUUACAGAAGUUUACUAUUUUCUUAUUCCUGUUAAAGAUGAAGUGAAUCUCAGCAUUCUUUGGUGUAUACUCGUUAUAGGAUUUGCCAUUAAGAUAUUAUUAUCUCUUACUGCGGAAUACUUCAGAGGGGAAGAAGCAGUAGGAGAACGUUCUUUGUGCUUAACUGCUGGAUUUUUAUUCUUCUUUAUUGCUAUGAUUGUUCUCAUUGCUGAUGAAGACUUUUUAGAGUUUGGUCUGGAGCCAGCUUAUACUAGUUUUAAUGUAAGUGCUCAUAGUUUCUUAAAAGAUCAAGGGCUUAAUUCCAGUGGACCAGCAUCAAAGUUAAUGUUUAAAUUAACUCUAGCUCUGUGGUGUGGAUUAAUAGGUUCAUUUUUCACAUUCCCUGGUUUACGAUUUGCUAGAAUGCAUAAAGAUGCAUUACGCUAUUGUUCAGAAAGACCAUUUUUAAAGACACUUCUGCACAUUAGUUUCAUUUUACCUGUCUUUGUUGUAUUAAUGUGGGUCAAACCUGUAGCAAGACAUUACUUUACAGAAAGAACAUGGCCAGGUAUUCCAGGAACUCUAAUGACUCCUGAUGCAUUUGAUACAACACGUUUGGUUUUGAUGGUUGUUACUGUUGCUGUCAGAUUUUUAUUAAUGCCACAUUACCUGCAGUCCUACUUAAAUAUGGCUCCUGAGAAACUGAAAAAUUUAAGGAAAGAAGCUGGACGAAUAAGUAAUAUUGAACUUCAAAAAAUGGUUGCAAGAGUUUUUUAUUACUUAUGUGUUGUCACAUUGCAAUAUUUAACACCUUUAAUGCUAUGUCUGUUUUCUACUCUGUUAUUGAAGACAUUAGGUGAUUACACAUGGGGAAGCUACUUUGGCACAAAAUCUUUAAUGGAGACUACUAAUAACACACUUAAAACAUCAGCAUUGCCUGUGAGCAGUGACAUUUUAGAAUCUAGUCAGCAAUUUUCACUAACUCUUCUUAGUUUGAAAAGAGUCUUCACGCCAGUACUAUACCGCGGUAUUUUGGGUUUCAUGACAUGGUGGCUUUGUGCUGUUUGGUUUGGUACAAGUGCGAUUGGAUUAGUUUAUUAUUCAUAUUGUGUCUGAAGAAGUUUACUACUAAGUGUUUAUCAAUCUCUAAAUGAAAAAUGUUUUUGUGACAAAGACCUAAACCAGAAAAAAUAUGUAUUUUUAUACAUAAACCUGUUCUUUGUACUAUACUCAGGUUUGAAUAUUGAUUAGGACUGUUUAUAUUGUUUUAAUUGCAUAAUACUUAUAGCUGUUUCCUCACAUAGAAACUUGGUAUAUGAAUUAUUUUAAGUUUGUUCUGUGAUGUUCACAAAUAUCCUGUAGGUUUUAUUCUUAUGUGAAUUUUCCCAAACAUAAAAUGAAAUGUGAUGUUACUGUAAAAGUUUAAUUCUUCUCAUUUUAUACUCCAUUUACUGUCAGAUUUAUUGAUAAUUGUGAGUGAAGCCUCAUAGUUUUAUCCCCUUUCUGUUACAGCUGCCUUGUGUAACUUGCGUAAAAUUGUAAUAAUAAUCUGUCAAUAAAAAUCAGUAUAUUUUAGUUACUGUUAAAAUAGUAUGUUAAAACAUGUUUUUAAAACUGUGACAGUGCUGUGUUCUUUGAUUUCGUUCUGUAUUUUAGUUUGUUAUAUUUAAACAUACAAGUACUUAACUGAGAUAUAAAACUAUUAAUAGUUGGUCUUCACUACAGUAUGAUUUUAUGAUAUGUUGACCAGAUAUACCGUAAAUGUUUUCUUAGUUCACAUAGAUUUUGCAAAUGCUGUGAGUAAUGCUGGUGUUAUAUUUUCUCAUAAAGAUACUUUCCAAUUCAGCUUUGCGACUGAAAAUUCUUAUCAUCGUUAUCUUUAGGUAAAUUCACUAAAUUGAAUGAAAUUAUUAAGCUGAAGAAGUAAGAGAGCUAUGUAUUUGGACUUCUCUGUAAAAAUGAUAUAUAUCAUGAAGCCUUCAAGCUUGUUUAAUAAUUUUCAUUAUUAUAAUUACUAUUGUGUACAUUAAUUAGGGAAUAUAAGCAUUCCCUUUUAAGAAGUGCUAAAAUAAGCCUAUCAAAAUUGUAAAUUCUGAAUUUCUUUGAUCUUUGUAUAUUUUGAUUAUUACGAAGGAUCUGUUUCUAAAACGAGAAGCACCAGAGCCCUAUAAAAGCCAUUGGGAGAGGUAAAGAAAUAAAUCUGUUUUGCAAUAAUAAAACAACAAAUAAUGAGCGAUUUAAAUUAAAAAGGAUGUAAUGUUAUAACUUAAAUUAAUAAUUAAUAGGUAAUAAUUAAAAUGAUGCAUUUUAAAAAUUAAAUGAAAUAACAAAUCAAAACAAAAGUUGAGUAAAUUAAUAACAGCAAGGUGUGGUAUGAAAGAUUAAAAAAAAAAAAAGGUAAAUAGUUUUGUGAAUGCAUGCACACUUUCCAAAAGGGACUGAAUUUCAACACUUGGGCUUCUUUCAAAAAAAAAAAAAAAAAAAAAGUUUCUUUAGCAACAGAAACUGAUAAUUUUAUGAGUCAUUUGGGUAGCAAAGUACUGGAGCUCAGCGUAUUAAAACUUUGUCAUCCUAAGGCUAGAAUUAUGGUUUUCCUUGACAGCUGAAAAGUACAGGCCAGGGUUUGUUAAAUGCUGGUUAUAAUAAGUGUUGUAAUAUGCUCAGCUUUUAUAUCCAGAAUUUAAAUAUUCAUAAUUUAUGUGAUUUCUUAAUUUUAUUGUAAGGAUUUUUUAAGUUUUACUAACAUUAUUUUAUUUUAAAACUUUUACUGUCCCCUCUUAUUUUCCACUUCUGGCCAGAAUAAAUGCAGUUAGUUUUAGUUAUGCAAAUUGAGCUUGCAAACUGUUAAGUAUUUAAGUUGUGGCCUUUAGCCAAGAAUGAGUUAGAUGGAGAGAGAGACUUCUCGCUACCUUAUCUCAUGCGCAGUUUUCAGUCAGUUGCUGUCUGCCCUUAAGGCCAGAAAUUUAGUUCUCUUGAUACUGAAGACAUAUUGUUGUUUUCCCGCAUUCUGCGUACUACAUACGUAAAUAUUAAAAGGCCAAUCUUAGCAUUACUAGUCUUUUGUUUUUAGUAUAUCUCUUGUCUUUUGUUUUUAGUAUAUAAAGUAUUUGAGGUUUUAGCUCUUAUUUAAGCUUAGUUAGUUUGCAAUUCUUAUUUUUUUACUUUUCAGACCAUAAGUACUGGUCUUUGUAUCCCAAAGUGCAGUAGCAGCUGUAAACUUUGAAGAAUAAAGGGUAGUUAAACCCUUCCUAGUGUUGUAUCUUUUACACUUUCAGGAAAUAGUUUUUAGUAAACUCCCUUUUCUUACUCAGGACUCCCAAGAUGUUUGCCAAAACAAUUAGAAGAAAUAGUAAUCCUGAUAUUAUAUCUUUCAAUACUCACUCUUGGUUAAUGAAGUCUUAAUCUUAACUGUAUUGGAAACUUUUGGAUUGGUUUAGAAAUAAUGUUCAUGCAAUUAUGAAAUACUUUUUGACUGCAUGUUAAGUGUAGCUGUAAGCAAACUGCUAAAAUAAAUUUUGGGAACUGAAA